AUGAGUCUUACUUGUAGUUUUCGAGACUUAGCCGACCAGGUCAAGCACCNUGAGGCAUCGCGCGAACGUGAGGCACAUCUCACACAGGGAGCUAUGAAUGUGGAUAACGUCAAGGAUAUACGUGCACGACAUGGUCCAGCUGGACCGGACUCGGCAACGCGAGCUGCACGAUGUGAGUGUCGCACACAGAAACCUCGUUGUUCCACCUCUUUGACCAGUAUCACCAUGGACGUGGAUAAUCCGAAUGAGCACAGUGUGACACCCGAUCGUCGUUACGGUGAUAUGGAUGCCAGUCCGCAUCGAAAACCAUGCCAAGUGCAUCAUAAAGCCUCAGAGGCUGGUUGUGUAAAACAGUCCGUGAAUUUGAAGCCAGACGGAGGACAGCAACAAAUCGUUCGAGCGGACUCGCUACGCACGGAUUCCAGGAAUGUCCAUGGUCAACGUUUUGAUUCCCGGGUGAUCAGUUCGACCACAGCUAUGCCCAUCGUUUCAUCUGCGUGUGGUGUGAAUGACGAGGUGCGAGGAGUAAUGGAACGCACAUGCAAUCCACCUCAGUCUCAGUGUCCAAGCCUACUACCGACCCAGCAUCAUACCAAAAGUUCUUUCUUAUCCAGUGGAAACCAUUCAGCUCGAAGUAAUGCGCUUACAUCACCCUCUUACAUCCUGUCUCCACCGGCGGAACUCAGUACACGUUCCACCUUAUCCUUAGUUCCCGAUCUUUCGGUACCACAUGGUGAAGUCCGCUCUGGUAGUUUGGGCUCGACGCACACAUGUUUCCAUGUUCACCAGCUUCAUUCACUCAAACCACGUUCCCGCAAACUGAUCAAUCCCGCAUGGAAUGCACCAGAACCGAUUCAGGAGCAAGACGAUCUACGUCGAAUGACAAUGAGCUAUUCGGGGUUGACCUCAGUCUCCAUGGCAAGUGAAUCUCGAAACAGUAUGACCAUCUCACAAGAACUUUCUCAGUUGCAUGAGGCCAGAGCGAAUGGACUACGUCAGAAAGUAUACACACACUCCACCUGUACCCCAACUAAUGGUUUACUAUUUCCGAGAAGUUUUGUGGAAUCUGACGAAUUGACUCGUUCGGAGCAAGAAUUAGCUGAACAACAGCAAAACCAUUCUCAUCGUCAUAAUCAGCAGCACAGCCAACACCAUCGUAACCAUCACCAUCACCAACAGCAGCAAAACAACCUUCACCAACACCACCAACACCAACAGCUGCAGCUGCAGCAGCAGCAACAACAACAUCCAAAGCAGGUGAUAGCAGUGCAACAAAAUCCCUGUUCCACCGGUCCCACUCGUCCCAUGAGACCACAACCAUCUUGCCCGUCCAUAAAACCAAUGCAUCAAACCUCAACUGAACCACCACCGCCGAUUCUCCCGACCAGAACCACAUCACUUUUACCGCGUACGCUGAACUCUCGAAUGGAUGAUUCAGAAACACGUGUCUACGCUAAUAGAACGGUACGAUCAGGUGUGGAUCCGAACGUACGCUCCCGGCCAAGGCGGUCAAAUAGUAGUAACCAUGGUAAUGGAGAACCAAGCAUGGGGAACGGCAACAGCAGUACUCACGUUCAGUCUGCAGAUCGUCCCGAUUCCGUUCACACGAGAAGCAGAAGUGAUGUGACCAUAUCCAAGUUGCGAUGUUAUGUGAAUACAUGUGAUGUUAUUCCUACUCGUGAACCUUCUGAGUCAAAUGUUCCAACCCAGCGUGGUACACCGAUAAUCGAAUCCGUGAUUGGCGAUUCGGAGAGACAUUCGAACGAAUCGAUUCAAUUGUCCGAACAUACCGGAUCAACUUCAAACGGUUGUCGAACACCGGUCAUCACUACUUCUGAACAAGAUUCGCGGAAUUGCAUGGAAUCUUCACAUAUGUCGCUAUCUUCAAAACACGGAGCGAAUGCCGCUCAAGAAACUCUGGCCCAAACCUUACCGAGUACCAGACACAUCAUGGGACAGCUGCACGUGAACGGGAAUGUUCCCACUAGUGCAUCUUGUGGUGUCCUAGAUCAAGCAAUGCCAAUGAAUCACGCUUCCCGACUUCUCGGGCGAAUGUCAGAUAAGCUACGUGAUGGACGCUUGGCCGACGUGAUUUUACUGGCUGGCCAUGAAUCACGUGAAAAGUCUUCUAUUCACGAUAAUCAAAACUUCUCAUCGGAUUUGAAUGUAUUGCAACAAGGAACCAAUGGGAAGUCCAUGAGCGACGGGGUGCCAGCAGUAAAGAUCCCCGCGCACCGAGUAAUUUUGGCUGCAGCCAGUGAUUACUUCGCGGCCAUGUUUGGGAAUGAGGUAAAAGAAGCUUCAGAGACCGAGAUUUGGAUUCACAAUGUGGAACCGCAUGCACUGCAAACGCUGAUCAAUUAUAUUUAUACCGGAUAUUUGGACUUACGAGAGGAUACCGUGGAGGACAUUUUGAAGGCGGCCUGCUUCCUGCAAAUUGUGGAAGCCUCUCAGGCAUGCGAGCGUUAUCUGAUCAAGAGAUUGCACGCAAGCAACUGUCUUGGCAUGUCGCGACUGGGCGAUCAACACGGAUGUCAUUUGCUUCGUCGAAAGGCCAUCAAAUAUGCCCUCGAACGCUUUACCGAGGUCGCACAACAACCGGACUUUUUAAAUCUGACGUUUGAAGAAUUGACCGAGUUACUGCAAUCGGAUCAUUUAAAUGUGCCCAACGAGGCCACGGUAUUCGCCUCAUGUCUGCGCUGGAUCCGUAAUUCCAGUCAGCGCAAAACCGUCCAUUCCCCCCCGGACACAAUAUCUGGUACAGUUUUAACGAGACUGUUGAAAUACAUUCGGCUACAGCAAUUACCUGCCCGAUUGCUCACAGAGGUUAUGGACAAGGAACCAUUGUUUCAUCGGGACAUGGAAGCCAUUCGGAUGUUGAUCUCCGCACUCCGUUCCCAUUUCUCACCGGAAACGGUUGCUCAUGAGUGUAUGCAAAUGAGUUACGCAGAGAUCGAUUCGCAUAGCUCUCAUCACACAACACGUGUCGGGACCCAGUCUGUUUGUCAUGCCACCACUGGAUCAGAGACACUCUCCCCCCACCGAUUCAACCCCAUGCACGCUGUUCGAGGUGCUCAUUCGAGCGAGGAUUGUACCGUGAUCGCUAUUCCACGUGAAAUCUGCGUUCGACAAACCCCACGACCGUCCACAAUUGGACGACUGUGGGCUUUGGGCGGGAAAACCAUGGUGACAACACGAGCAUUACAGGAAAUCCUUGAAUAUGAUCCGUACUGGAACAGCUGGCGUAUUGUUGGCCAACUACCAGGGCAACGGCAACAGUGUGGCUGUAUUGUUCUACAAGAUGGACGAUUGUUGGUUGUUGGUGGGCGGGAUGAAUUGAAAACCCUCAGCACUGUCGAGUGCAUUUAUACAGACGAGUUAAUGCAAUCGGGAGAUGGAACACAUCAGGGUACACUCAGAGAGGAUCGAACGAAUGGGUGCCGUGGAUCUUCACAGCUGAGUCGACGUACGCGCACCUCCCGACCAAGUCUCGGAUCGGGAAACGGGGAGUUUGACGGUACACUAACUCGUCCUUCCGGGUCUGGUGACGGAAGUACGGAGUCCGAUUCACAGAAGGCGGCAUCCAGUUCUUCAACACAAGCAAACGAAUCCAGUGGUGAAACACAACCAGGAUGGAAUGUGGUCUCCGCGAUGGCUACCCACAGUUCCGUUUUUCCAUUUCCAAACUCCGUUUCACCCGGAAGACAUGGCCUAGGCGUGGCUGUCCUCGAGGGAGUGGUCUAUGCAGUGGGUGGUCAUGACGGUUGGUCGUAUUUGAACACGGUCGAACGAUGGAACGGGAAAGCGAAAGCUUGGUCUUCCGUUACACCGAUGGCAGUGCAACGAAGUACGGUCGGUGUAACCGCCCUUGAUGGUUUGUAA